AUGUCAACUACUACUACUCAAAUACAACAAAAAUCUUUAUAUAAACCAAAAAGAUCAAGUUUGAUGGCAAUCCAAAAACAACAAGAAGAAAACGUUGCUAUUCUUGCAAAUACAAAAGAAGAUAGUCCAAUAUAUAUGGAAAUUAAUAGUGUUAUGUCCGAAAUAGAAAAAUUUCGUGCUAGAUUACAUGACCUUAGUAGAAUUCAAGAACAAAGAUAUACUGAUGAUUCUAUUUCCGAUUCUCGAAAUUAUGAUGAAUAUAAUGAAACUUCUGAAAUGAUGAUGCAAGCUGUUCAAAAUCAACUAGCUGUAGUUAGGCAACAUAUUACUUCUAUAUUAGAUAAUUAUGAAUCUUUAGAUGAAAAUCUUCUCACUGUUAUUAUGACCUAUAAUGAAGAGGUUAAUAUAGCUUUACAAGAAGCUUUACAAGAAGUUCCUAGUCUUUAUCAACAUCAACCUCCUUCUUCUUUUCAAUCUGAUCCUGAACCUGAUUCUCAACAAAUUAUUGAAGCUCAAGCUAUUCAAAUUCUUUUUUUGGAAAAAGCUAAUUUUAAUAAUAUUUUUCAACUUGUAACUGAUAUAGAACGUUGUCAAGAUAUUCUCUCCAAUUUUACUAAAUUAAAUGAUAUUGAUAUUAAUUUGGAUCAUUCUAGAGAUCUUUUACGUAAAUAUGAAUGUAAAACUCAACUUGAUCUUCUUGAUUGGUCAAAACAAUUCUUUAGUGGAGUUUUACAACGUCAUAUAAUUGAUUCGGUUUUAGAACAUUCGGAUAUUUAUUUUAAUGGAACUUUACAAAAUACUUUAAACCAAUCAAAACGUGAUAGUUUGUUAAGAAGAAAUACUCCUCAAAGGUUAAACCCUGAAGUUUAUGCCGUUCUCGGUUCUAAAGAUUAUGAUGGUUUCGAUCAUCCUUUUAUCGAAUUCGUCUCGGAAAAAGUUAUUAAUAUUAUGGAUACUUAUUGUAAUAUUAAAUCUUCGGAAAAGUUAAAAAAAAUUAACGAUUCUGCUUCUGAAGUUGUGCAUAGUAUUAUAAAUGUUUUUUAUUUUAGAAUGCAAGCUCAAGAACCUGUUUCUCAAUAUCAAUGGAUUGAUUGUGGUGCUAAAUUUGAUUCGGAGACGAUGAAAUCUAUUUGGGAUACUAAAUUCGAUGAUAUUGCUACGGACAUUUGUUAUUUUCCAUUAAUUGGUAGAAAAUUGCUCAAUCAACAAAAAUUAAAAGUUUACACUAAAGCAAGAAUUUUACCUUAUCGUAAACAAUUAUCUCUUGAAAAGUUACCCGGUUAUUGGCCAACAUCUCAAAAAAAUUAA